AUGGCAUCUGAUACUAUUCCCGAACGUCCAGCUCCAAUUGAGCUUCCAAGCCUUCCCGCACCUGUCAAGGAUUUCAUUCCCUACCUUUCUCAAAACCCCACCAAACAUAUCUCAACCAUUAUUGAGCCCUACAAGACCUAUGAAUCAGAGCUUCGCAAAGUCUACGCCCAACAACCUGACCAUGGAGUUGUCAAAGAUGGAGCUGUCAAUUUAGUUCCCAUCUUUUCCGGCCAUGAGAGUAAUCUCAAGGUUCGGGCUAGAGAUCUCAAUAAGGAGACGAAAGAGGAGUCAGAAAAAUAUCUCAUGCCGUUGAAGGAUGUAGAACGUCGGCCCAAUGGCUCUCCAGCUGUCGUUGGAUCUUUGAAGGAUUUCCAAACAAAUUUCAGCCUCUUCUCCGAAUCCUCAUUGGCCGAUCUUGAUUGGAGUAAUGUUGUUGCAGCUGGCAGUGCCGUCACCACAUCUCUUAUUCCAAUUCCAGAGAAAUGGGCCGAUAGCAAGAGAGCCAUGAGAGAAUAUUAUCACCAGCAUCUGGCUCCCGCAUCUGAUGUUGAUCUUUUCCUCUAUGGCCUUACUGAGGCUGAGGGACUAGAAAAGAUCAAGCAGAUUGAGACUAACAUCAAAGAUGCUAUCCUUCAUGAAACAACUACGAUUCGCACGAAGAACGCUAUCACCAUUGCAAGUCAGCACCCCACUCGCCAUGUCCAAAUUGUUCUUAGACUUUACGAUUCUAUCUCUCAGAUCAUCACUGGAUUUGACGUGGAUUGUUCUUGUGCUGCGUAUGAUGGAAAACAAGUAUACAUGAGUCCAAGAGCUGUUGGGUCAUUCAUUACGCAAUGCAACACGGUUGAUUUGACUAGAAGAUCACCAAGUUACGAAAAUAGAUUGAGCAAAUACAGUCACAGAGGCUUUGAAGUCCAUUGGCCAAUGUUGGAUCGAUCAAGAAUUGAUCCUACUAUAUUUGAACGCUCAUUUGGACGUACUGAAGGACUUGCGAGAUUGUUGAUUUUGGAGAAGCUGCCAAAGACGGUUGACCGAGAAAACUACAUGGACCAACGUCGAAAGGAGCGUGGCAGACCAUCCCUCAACAGAGGAUUCCGCAAUCAACAUAGGUUGUAUGGGAAUCUGAAAGACCAGGAAGAAGAUGAGGUCGCGGAUUGGGUAGAACAGGAUGAAAUUGCCAGCUAUCAUACCAUGACCGUUCCUUACGGGCAGAAGUACAACGCAGCGAAGAUCAAUCGCUUACUGUACGCCAAAGAUUUACUUCUGAAUGCGGAGUGGAAUCAAGGUAAAGAUCGCGAGGUCUAUCUGCAUCGUCAUCCAUGCUUCUUCGGUACUGCAGAAGAAGUUAUCCAAGACUGUUGCGGAUACUGUCCAGUUCCUACCACAGAUGAGGAAAAAGAGAUCGCCGACAAGGAGAGCAAGAAUAACGUCUCGGGCACUCUCAAGUUUAUCUCAGAUGAUCCUGGUCGUCAGGAGAUUGGAAGUUUCAAUCCUAUCAAUGACAAUGAGUGGACUACCAUGAGUUACGUAGGAGAUACAGCACGUCUUUGCCAAGCUAUCGUGGACGGAGAUCUUGAGCAAGUUCAGGACUGGUGCUCUCAGGAAGGUGUCGAUGUAAACCGCCGUGACUUCACUGGACGCGCACCUUUACAUCUAGCUGCUAUGGCUUCCGUUCCAGAGAUUGUCAAGUGUCUCGUCGAUCAUGGAGCCAGAAUGAUUGCUCGGCUUGUAGACGGUAGAACGGCGUUGCAUAUCGCUGCUGCGAGAGGCAACCUUGAGAUGAUCAGCAUACUCAUGAACAAGAGUUUGGCGAAUGAAGAGGAAGAGGAGGAGAAGGAGUCUCGCAAAGUUGCAGUUGCAUCACUUGCACCUGUUAGUGAAGAGGAAUCGGAUUCUGGAUCAGAAAUUACGCUCGAUAGUGAACAGGAAGAGUCUGAUGCUAUGACGAUGGGAAGUUAUGUCAAGAUUCCAGGCAAUAAGGAAGAUGAUAAGGAUGAUAUUGCUGCGGUUAUGGAUGACACCAUGGAAGAUCCUGAUGUCUACGACAUCAACGUUAUUGCUUGGGACUACGGCCUCUCUCCACUUCAUUUUGCGAUACUCAAUGGUCAUCUCGAAGCUAUUAAGCUUCUUGUCUCAGAGUAUGGGGCCGACGUACUCUUCCCUGUCAAAUUGGUAGAUGCCGGUACUACCAACCCGAGAGGAGCAAUCAUGACUUUGGUACUAGCGAUGUCUCUUCCUCACGAAAAGUCAAAACAGGUGGUGGAACUCUUAUUGAAAUUAGGGGCAACAUCCGCACAGUCAGACACGAACCAUUUCACAGCACUUCACUAUGUCGUCGCUCAAAACAACACGGAUGUAUUGGAUGUUUUGUUCGCUCAUGAUCGUCCAGCUGCUCAAAAGGUCCUCAAUAAAAUUGGGAUGGUAGGAGGUUAUGGUCAAGCCGAUACGCCAUUGACCAUCGCCGUGAAGAAGAGUUACGGAGAAAUGGCAUCAAAACUUUUGCAAUUAGGAGCACAACCUCAGUUCGAAUUCGAAGACUGGGUCAAAGCAUACAUUUCCAUGAACACUCAUGCUCGAAAGCAAGAUACGGAAACAAGCAUGAAGCAAUUUCAAACAACAGUUCAACAGCCUAUCAUUGCUGCUAUCUGUAAGGAGAUGGGUGCAACCGUGGGAGAUCUUCUUGCACAUGGCGCCAACCCUCAGACUCUUACGACAUUCGCAUGGACUGCGGUAAAUGUCCCUCAUCAACGAACCUUUCAAAACCAAGGAGAAUCGAUCCUAGAUGUCAUUCGGCACAAAUUGAAGACGCUUCGUGAAUGGAGAGAGCCUGUGCAUAACCAAUGGCAAUGGCAUCUAGACAAUAUCCACACAGAGAAGCCAGAAAUUCUUCGUGACCAGACCUUUUACACAGCAACCUUAGAACCUGGUAGCUACAAGUACUGGUCAGCCUUACAAGACUAUCGAAACGAGGAGUACCAAAACAAGCUCAAACACGAACGACACGAAAAGCUAUUUAAAGAUGAAGAUGCUGAAUUGGAGAAGUACAAGAAUGAACGCGAAGCAAUUCGAGAAGCAAUCAAGGAUCUCGAGGAGGCCGAACAGGUACUUAUCGCUGCUGGAGCAAAGCCUUUCACUGAAUUGUAUCCGGACAUUUCUCCACCACAGAAGCCUCACAGACACCCACAGGGCUACAACCAUACGCAAACCAUAAAGCCCGUGCACUAUCAAACACAGUUCUCAUUCCAUGUGCCAGACCUAAACGAUGGAAAGAGACAGGGCUAUUUCAUGUUGUUUGAAGCCGCCUGGAACAACGAUCUUGACACCAUCGAGAACUUGACGCUUAGUCCUUGGAAACAUGGAAACACCGAAUAUGCACCACUUAAGAUUACGGUCCGUGAUCAAAACCAAUUCAUGCCUUUCUCUAUCGCGGUUCUUCGUGGACACUAUGAUCUUGCUCGUAGAAUUGUGGAGAUCUGUCUUGCUCAGUAUCACAACGCAGACGACGAAGAUACUCACAAAGGACGUCAACGCUGGGGCAUUGCGGUUGAUGAUAGUGAUGAUGAGUCGGAGGAACUGCCUAUUUUUUCUGAACUCGUUACUGACAAAUUUACGAUUGAUACCCUUGAGGAAGUUUCUAAUAUUGUCAAAGGUGACACCCAUCCUUUGAUUAUGAUUGAAUGGCGCUGUCCGGCGCGUCGAUUUAUUGACAACGACGGAAGCUCCAGAUUAGACGAGAAACCCCCGCUAUUAAAGCAUGCUGUUGAGCAGGAUGAUUUGAAAAUGUUCAAGUUCCUAUUGGAGGUAGCAACAGAGCAGAAAGCUUUGACGGCUAAACAUGAGGAUGAUCAGCGGUUUCAGACUCUGGAUGGAGAGAUCUUCAAUGCAGCUCUCUCUAGGGGCAAUACCACAAUGCUGGCCGAACUUAUCAAAUCAUGCGGUGCAGGAGUUCCCUUUGGUGAACUCAUCUUGGCAAGUGGCGUGGAACUCAAAACUAAGCCAAGAUGUUAUGAAGGUUUGACAAUUGGAGGUAAAAAGAGAAAGGAUUGGGCACAACCUCCGGGUCAGUUCCAAGACUCCACCUACUCUGAGGUGCGAUUCCCACCUUUACUAGAGGCUGCAAUUAUUGGCAACAUUGAGUCUGUAGAAUGGUUCAUGAGUGACGCUCCAAUGAGACGUUACAAAGAAUUUGCGGAGAGUAACAAAAAUGAUCUCCGAAUCCGAACAUUGGAAUCUGGGAAGGGAUUUGAUAAGACUAUUUCGAAAUGGUUGGAGACAAAUAAUGAGCUUCUACUCCACGUUGCCAUUCUUCACAGGCCGCAAACAGACGAAGACAAAGUUAAGCACCUCAUCCUCGUCAAACAUCUCGUUUCUGUUCUACCUGAAUCGGUCCUCUCUCUGAAAUCAUCCGGGGGUUAUACGCCUCUACAUCUCGCUGUCAGCAGACACGACAUUCCGAUUAUCGAGUACCUUCUCUCAGUUGGCGCGUCACCUCGUUCUCGAGAUAGGAAAAAUCGAAAUAUCAUGCACACCCUUGCAGGUGAUGCCACAAGUGUAACAGACGAAACCAUUUCCCGUUUAGAAUCCAUCAUCAAACUGUUCCACAAGAGAGAUAUUCAGGAAAUGUUGCUGGAGAGAGCCGAUGAAUACCCAAGCGCACUCACACCCUUAGCUUUGUGGAUGAGCAAGAGCUCAGGUUAUGACAGCGAGGAUGUGCUCGAAGUACUUCUGAAAUAUUCGACGGGCGAGGAACUAGAAAUGAUUAACGGAGAGGGUGAUUUACCUUUGCACGUUGCAAUCAAAGACAACAAACCAAAUCUGACAACCUUCUUCCUCCGCCGCAAGCCAUCGCUCCUUUACCGCGAAUCGGCCACAGGUCGCACGCCCCUCGAAAUGUCCCAUGAUAACUAUAUAUCCAAUGUCAUCUCUCAACCAUCCUACGUAAACGAGCAUUGGCAAUAUCGUCCAGAUAGUAUUGCCAGCAGUGCAUUAAGUGCCUACUACGCGAAAAGUCAUAGACGAGACGCGGUCCCGUAUCACAAACCACACUUGCGCAUUUGGGAGGAAUGCUUGAGAGUUCAAGGAGAAUCGAGGUCGAAGAGAAAGUUUGAUGAGUAUAAGGAGGAUGAGGAGGAUGAGGGUGAGGGUGAGGAUAAGGGUAGGGAAGAUGGUGGGGGAAAGAGAAGAUUGGUUAGUUUAUUCGAGGCAAAUGAGGUGGCGAGGAGAUUGGCGGGGAGUCAUACUAAGAGGGGAAAUGGUGCGGGCGUGCAAGCGGAUGUGGUGAGUAAGUGGAUGUGUGGGUGA